AAAGUUUGGGGGCUCGAGUCGAGGAUUGAGCUGCGGAGAAGCCAGGCGGCCGCCGGAGCCAUGUUCCCUCAGAGUCGGCAUCCCCCGCCACAUCAGGCUGCAGGACAGCCCUUUAAGUUCACCAUCCCAGAGUCUCUAGACCGCAUCAAAGAGGAGUUCCAGUUCCUCCAAGCUCAGUAUCACAGCCUUAAAUUGGAAUGUGAGAAGUUGGCAAGUGAAAAGACAGAAAUGCAGAGGCACUAUGUGAUGUAUUAUGAAAUGUCGUAUGGAUUAAAUAUUGAAAUGCACAAACAGACAGAAAUUGCCAAGAGACUGAAUACAAUCUGUGCACAAGUGAUCCCAUUUUUGUCUCAAGAACAUCAACAGCAAGUGGCUCAAGCAGUAGAACGUGCCAAACAAGUGACCAUGGCUGAACUGAAUGCCAUCAUCGGGGUACGUGGCCUUCCAGGUCUACCUCCUACACAGCAGCAGUUGCAGGCACAGCACCUCUCACAUGGCCAUGGACCUCCAGUGCCUCUAACCCCCCACCCAUCAGGACUUCAGCCUCCUGGGAUUCCGCCCCUUGGGAGCAGCGCUGGCCUUCUUGCCCUUUCAAGUGCUCUGGGUGGGCAAUCUCACUUGGCAAUAAAAGAUGACAAGAAGCACCAUGAUGCAGACCACCACAGAGACAGAGAUCCAGGCACAAGUAAUUCGCUCUUGGUUCCGGACAGCCUGCGGAGCACAGAUAAACGUAGGAAUGGCCCUGACUAUUCCAGUGACCUGAAAAAAAGAAAGGUGGAUGAUAAGGAUUCAAGCCACUAUGACAGCGAUGGUGACAAAAGUGAUGACAACUUAGUUGUUGAUGUAUCCAAUGAGGACCCUUCAUCUCCAAGAGCAAGUCCUGCUCAUUCACCUCGUGAGAAUGGCAUAGACAAAAGUCGCCUACUGAAGAAAGAUGCCUCUAGUAGUCCAGCAUCCACAGCCUCAUCAGGAAGUUCUGCUUCCAUGAAAUCCAAAGAAAUAAGUUUGCAUGAAAAAGCCAGCACACCUGUUCUGAAGUCCAGCACACCAACUCCACGAAGUGAUGUGCCUACCCCAGGAACGAGCUCUACGCCAGGACUUCGUGCAGGUCUUGGCAAACCUCCAACAAUGGACCCUCUGGUCAAUCAAGCUGUUGCUGGCUUGAGAGCACCGUUGGCUGUGCCAGGACCAUAUCCUGCACCAUUUGGAAUGGUACCUCAUGCUGGCAUGAAUGGAGAGCUGACCAGUCCAGGCGCAGCCUAUGCCAGUCUCCACAACAUGUCCCCGCAGAUGAGUGCUGCUGCAGCUGCAGCUGCGGUGGUUGCCUACGGACGGUCGCCUAUGGUUGGAUUUGACCCUCCUCAUAUGAGAGUACCUGGAAUCCCUCCAAAUCUGGCUGGAAUCCCUGGAGGAAAACCAGCUUACUCCUUUCACGUCACGGCAGAUGGUCAGAUGCAACCAGUACCUUUCCCUCCUGAUGCACUCAUUGGACCAGGAAUACCUCGCCAUGCUCGCCAGAUCAACACUUUGAAUCAUGGUGAAGUGGUUUGUGCAGUUACUAUCAGCAACCCCACGAGACAUGUAUAUACUGGCGGGAAAGGAUGCGUCAAAGUCUGGGAUAUAAGCCAACCUGGCAACAAGAGUCCUGUUUCUCAGCUGGACUGUCUGAACAGGGAUAACUAUAUUCGAUCUUGUAAAUUGCUCCCUGAUGGAUGCACCCUGAUUGUCGGUGGGGAAGCCAGCACGUUAUCCAUUUGGGACCUAGCAGCUCCAACUCCACGUAUCAAAGCGGAACUGACGUCCUCUGCUCCAGCCUGCUAUGCUCUAGCAAUCAGCCCUGACUCCAAGGUCUGCUUCUCCUGCUGCAGUGAUGGGAACAUUGCCGUGUGGGAUCUGCACAAUCAGACUCUCGUCAGGCAAUUCCAGGGCCACACAGAUGGAGCCAGCUGUAUUGACAUUUCUAAUGAUGGUACCAAGCUCUGGACAGGAGGUUUGGACAACACUGUGAGAUCCUGGGACUUGAGAGAAGGGAGGCAGUUGCAGCAGCAUGACUUCACAUCCCAGAUCUUUUCCCUUGGCUACUGUCCCACUGGUGAAUGGCUUGCUGUGGGAAUGGAGAGCAGUAAUGUGGAAGUAUUGCAUGUAAAUAAACCAGACAAAUAUCAGCUUCAUCUUCACGAGAGCUGUGUGCUGUCACUCAAGUUUGCUUACUGUGGCAAAUGGUUUGUAAGUACUGGAAAAGAUAACCUCCUAAACGCUUGGCGAACGCCAUAUGGUGCCAGUAUAUUCCAGUCCAAAGAGUCUUCAUCUGUGUUGAGCUGUGAUAUCUCCGUGGAUGAUAAAUACAUAGUCACAGGCUCGGGAGACAAGAAAGCUACUGUCUAUGAAGUAAUCUACUGAAAAAAUAUGUUGUAAACAUACCUUCUAAGGGUUGAACUGGGCCAAAAUGUUCUUAAUUUGUAAAAGUAGAAAGGCUUUACCUUUUUUAAUAAAAAAGGAAGAACUUGGUUUCCACAUCUUCACAUGAUGCUGUUCAGCAUGUAUUAAAGAGAAGGUGACUUUGUUGAUAUCCAGCUACUGGCUACUUGGACCAAUGUGAAGCAAGAAGGCAAGAUGGAUGAAGUAGCAUAGUUUCGUUGGAUUUUAAAAGCAGUUUGCUGAAGACUGCU